CAUGUGCUAUGGGCUCGCGCUUGUGUUUCAGCUCAGCCAACGUUAUUUUGCCGUUUUCAGCCUUGGGUGAAUUUUGUCUCGUUCUAUUGUCCAGCCUAUCUACGGUUUUACCCCAUCUGGUCCCUUCUGUAGAUAUGUUCCACAUGCCAGUAUGUUGUGGAAUGGAGUACCACUCAACUCUGUGUCGAACACCUGAAGACUGCGGGUCCUUGACUUCCAAGCCAUAGCAAGAUCUUAUGCAUAUUACUGGACCACUGCACCUGUCAAAUAUGGAAAUAUACAGUGUCAACAAUUAUUAUACAAAGGCUAAAUAUCAAAGCCACCAUCAAUAACAUGAACAUGGGUAACAUAGGAUUGGAUUAAAUAAUAGUUCUUACUAGCUAGCUAUUUACCUGCUGGUUGAGACAUGCAACGACAAGAUAGCAAGCUAGCGCAGAUAUUUAGCAAAACAAUCAAUAUUAUCAUAAUUACAUUCCUAGGCUAGAGUCUAGAUGAACAUGUAGCUAGCUACACAGUUCUAACUACAAUACGGUAUCUUUGUUUACAGAUCAACAUAUAUUCUGAAAAAGAACAAGAUAAGAAGUAACAUACACGUGAAGCAGCUGCUCGGCUCCAAACACUUCCUGAUUGAUACUCCUACUUCACUGACUGGCUCCACAUUCAGCAGCGAACCGUGUUACAGAGACGUGGACUAGCACUAGCAACCACUCACGCACAGUGGAGGUUUCCUGGACAUCAUAUCAUGCUGCCUACACCAACGCAAAACAUGGAUGGAAAUCGACCGUUGGCCCAAAUGUCUUACUGCACCGUGGUAGAUAAAAAUGACCAGUGUAAAUUCAUAUGCUACACGCAUAAAGAUUCGGAUAUGUUCAAUGUUGGUUUGACAAAUGCCUCUGAUGUGUGGAGCACAGAUUUCACUGAUGAGACAUUGAACCAGUUUAGACAGAAGUUUGCCUUGAAGUCAACAGAGGAUUAUAUCUUGAAAAUUAGGUCUGCAUGUGGCAGUGGGAGUGUGUCUGUAUCAAUGCAGGACAGCUGUGCAGUGCUCUGUGUAGGCACCAGUCCAGGGGACCUGAGUGUGACUAUGUCCAGACUGAAACAGCCUGAGGCCAAAGAGAAACUGAGAGAGCUGCUGUUUAGAAUGGCAGACAGUCUGACUCGUUUAGACCAUACAAGCCCAGCCCCAUUCAGUCCUGGAAAGAGUCCACACAAACGCAAUACAGAUUUUGAGCCAAGGAGACAGCCGCAGAGUGGCCAAACUCUGGCAGUCAAGAAGCGUCUUCCAGGAGAUUCUCUUAUCAACCCAGGAACAAGAAGAAAGCGUCCAGCAACCGGGGUGGCAUUUGAUGAAGAUGAUCAAUGAUGAUUUGCUAAAGAGAAAUGACCACAGUUGCCUUCCAUCAU